AUGGCUCCGACACGCAUAUCGUUAGCUCAACAAAUUGCUCAGCUUGAGGAACCCGCUCCUGCCGAUUAUGACCCAGAAGAUUUACAAUCGCAGGGAGCUGAAAUAAAUGAUGAUAUGCGCAUAGAUUUAACGGGGUCUCGGGAACAUUACGUCGAUGUGGGGCCAAGUGAUCUUCGAAACAAAUUACCUAGCAUUGCCCAUCCAAAGUACGAGGGUAUACGGGUAUCGAGGAGUCAACUGCUACAGGACUCUGACGAUGGACAUGAAGAUGAAGAAGAAGAAGAAAAAGAAGAAGAUGGACAGGAUGGAGGACAAAAAGAGCGGGAAGAUGACAAUGACGAAAUUCCUUCAGAAAAUAGCGAAAAUGAGGGUAGCCAGAACUGGGAAUCAGCGGAUCGGGAACCCUCAGAGAGCGAAGCAGAAGAAAGUGAGGAUUCUGAAGGAGAAACGUCUAUCUCUAAAUCCUCUCAGCAACGACAAACCGAAGUGGGACGAGAGAAUUUUGAGGAUCUAGCCUCAACCCUGAAAAAGACUAGAGAGAAUGACUUGACAAAAGGGCAAGCAAUCAAAAGGCAGAUAGCUGUCUGGGAUACCCUUCUUGAUACGCGAAUUCGUCUUCAAAAGUCAAUAUUAUCUGCAAACAGACUUCCCCCACCUUCAGAAAUAAAGGCAUAUCUUCAAGACGCAUCAUGUUAUGAUGCAAUUUCAGGAUUCCUGAACGAAGCUUCAUCAUUGGCAGACGAAAUUUUAGAGUUACAAGAAAAUCUUUUAAAACAAAAUAACAUUGUUGAAUUGCCACCUCGGAAACGCCGAAGACUGGACGCCGAAGCGCCUUCCAUCGAGGAGUACAGUGAUUCAGUUUCCGCUGCUUCAGCGAAUGUCGUCGUCUUAGAACAAGUUUUCCACCCAUACCUCCUUCAGACAUUAUCCAAAUGGUCAUCGAAAAUCCAAGCAGUCGCUCCUUCAGUGCUCCUACCCUCUAACCGUGGGACCUUUUUGAAAGGAUCACAAAGUCUGAAAUCUGUUGUCCAACUCAUUGACGAAAACCUUGCCGAGCAUGACAAACUCUUGGCUCGCACCCAAGUGGCAAGAGUUAAGAAGUCGAGGAUUGGUGCGAAUCAACAAGAAACGGACAAAGAUGAAGAAGAUGCACUGGAUGCUGAAGUAUUCGACGAUACCGACUUUUAUCAGAAAUUAUUGAGAGAUAUAAUUGAUUCCCGGGGUAAUGGAACGAAGAACGAAGAUUGGAUGGUCAUUCAGAAGCAGAAGAAGGCAAAGAAGAAAGUUGACACCAAAGCGAGCAAAGGACGAAAGCUUCGAUACGAGGUUCAUGAGAAACUUCAAAAUUUUAUGGUCCCGGUUCCCAAUUCGGCUGGUGCAUGGCACGAAGAACAAGUUGACGAAUUAUUUGCUUCUCUGCUAGGAAAAGGAUUUGAGGGUAUUGAGAUAAAUUCUGAAGAUGUCCCAGUAGAUAAACCUGUUGAACUUGGUGGAUUCAGGGUGUUUGGCCCCUCAAGAUAUCGAAAGUGUUUAACACAUCCCGCAGUACAUAACUUUCGUUCGACGAUAAAGGUCCCUUCUACACCACGAAUAUUGUCCAUACGCCUCCGUAUUAAGGAAUUUGUCGUCGUUGCUUCAUUUCGACUCCAGAGCCUACCACGUACAGUGAACACUAGUCUAUCAGUCUGCCGAAAUUCGAGUCCACAAUCUGGAAAUAUGAACGCCCUGGAUGAUUACGAAGAGCAAAAUCCGUUUGAGCACGAAGGGGCCGACCAUAUCACAUCGGAGACGUCGUCAACGUCCCAAGUAGGUCUCUAUGAACCGCCAUCUCCUCCUCAUACUACACGACAGCUUUCUCCUUCAAUAUCUAACCGACCACCCUUUCCGAGCCCUGGGUCGCACAAGCAAGCCCAUGUCAACUACAAAACGGACUUUUGCUGCACUCGCGACCGUGUCCUUCAUUCUGGCGAUGACGUUGAAAUCCUGAUCAUUGACGCUCAGAAAACUUCUGUUAAUUCUAACUCACCAUAUAUAACAUACGUCAUCCGGACAGGAAAUGCAGAGGCUCGGCACAGGUACUCUGAGUUUGAGAGUCUCCGAGAGAAUUUAUCUCGACUAUACCCCACUCUUAUCGUGCCACCAAUUCCCUCGAAGCAAACAAUCGGCGAUUAUGCUGUGAAGCAAGGCAAGGCUAAAGAAGACGCAACUCUCAUUUCGAAGAGGAAGCGACUGCUUCAGACAUUUUUGAAUCGCCUCGCACGACACCCAAUUCUUUCAAACGAACACGUCUUCCAUCGCUUCCUUGAUGGAGAGGUAUCCUGGGCGGAAGUACUGAACUCACCUCCGUUAUCCCUUCUUCCUAAAAACAUAUUGAAAGCUCCUUCACACAAUCCUACAGAUCAGAAUGCUUCCCCAGCUUAUGCUGCUCUCCCUAAUCCCUCGUCUGCGCAUCCACUUCGUCACCCCGAUCAACGCUUCCUCGAUUCCGAAGCUUUCACUCACAAAUUUGCAAAUCAUGUUGGAGGUCCAAUGGAAAAGGUUACUCGUCGUGUUGUGAAGAGAUGGUCAGAUUAUGCACAAGACCAUGCAGAUCUUGGUGCUGCUCUCAAUGGAUUCAGUUUAAAUGAAGCAGAUGCCUUGGCCAGCGCGAUUGAGAAAACAGGACAAGCUGUGGACGCUACGUACAUGUCAACGACCAAAUUGUUGCAAGACCUGGAGCAAAACUGGGCUGAGCCAUUACACGAGUACACCCAAUUUGCGGCUAUUAUUAAGAAACUCCUCGCUUACCGUCAUCAGAAGCAUGUACAAUAUGAGAUGACACAGGAUGCCCUCGAGACAAAGAAGGAGCAAUUGGAAGACCUUGAGAAGAGUGAGCGUGAAGCACGACGAUUGGAGGAGGCACUUGGAAGAGGGAGGAUUAACGGAUCGGGGCCUCCAGUCAAUCCAAGAUCUGAAGGAGAAACAGAAGAUAACGGGGAAGGUAGUACGCCGAAUCUUAACUCAUCUUACCUGCCACCGCACCCCGGACCCAACCCUGCACGUCGAAGAACAAAAACGCCUGGGAUGGGUCUACUGAAUGCAUUGAGCUAUACAUUGCACGGUAUGAUGGAUGUGGAUCCCGAAACUGCACGCCGGAAUGGAAUAACAAAAACGCGAGAAAACAUCUCCCAGCUGGAAGAUGCACUUCAUCUAGCGGCCCAGGAUCUCAAGUAUUCUAGCUCCACCAUCCAGGCGGAUUUAGACCGUUUCCAGCGCCAGAAAGUAGCAGAUUUAAGAGAGAUGGCUAUAUCUAUGGCUCGGAGUCACAGAGAUUGGUGCAAGAAAAAUCUGGAUGCUUGGGAAGAAGCCAAAAGAGAGAUUGAGAAGAUACCUGAUCAUCCCAACAAAGCUCCGCCACCUGCUGAAAUACCUGAAGGGCCUUCUGCGAGAAGGAACUCAUCCUCCACCGUCAAUGGGCGCUGA